AAGUCCUUAAAUAUUGUGUAUAGCGGCAAACGAAAUUGCUUCAAGUGCUCUCUUGUGUGUACGGGAACAAGUGACAAAUCUGUGCGUCAGUAGUCUGCUUUCAUAUCGUAAAUUUUGUGCUACUGUAUCAUCUUCUGGACAGCUUAUUCUUCCGGAGGCACUGAAGCUCCUGCCUCUAUACACCCUUGCAUUAAUCAAAAGUACGGGGCUACGAAGUGAUGGAAAAAUAGAUGAGCAGUCCUUCUGGAUCAAUCAUGUGUCUUCCCUUUCUGUUCCUUUGGCAGUUCCACUGGUGUACCCCAGAAUGGUGGCUAUUCAUGAUCUCGAAUCCAAAAAGGAGGGUGAUGAAUCUCUAAUUCCUCCGGUUAUUCCACUUUCUAGCGAACACGUGAGUGACAAGGGAAUUUAUCUUCUAGAGAAUGGUGAGGACUGUUUAAUAUAUAUUGGAAACUUGGUGGAUCCUGGAAUUUUGCAGCAACUGUUUGGAAUCACCUCUGCUGAUGGACUUCCUACUCAGUUUGUGCUGCAGCAGUAUGACAAUCCAUUAUCGAAGAAGCUGAAUGGCGUGGUAAAUGAAAUACGGCGCCAAAGAUGUUCCUACCUUCGCUUAAAGUUGUGCAAGAAAGGAGAUCCGUCAGGAGCAUUGUUUUUCUCAUGCAUGGUCAAAGACCAGAGUCCGAAUGGCCCCUCCUAUGUUGAGUUUCUGGUACAUGUCCAUCGGCAAAUACAGAUGAAAAUGGCGUCAUAACUGCUCGUUCUUCUCCAGUUUGAACUAAAAGUUUUUGCUAGAGCACACAGGAAUUCAAUGAAAAGCAGAAAAAAAAAAAAAAAAAGACGUUUUCCAUCCAUAUGCGCUCUGCGAUCAUCCCGCAGGCUAUUUAUAUGUGAAGAGCAGUCGAGCUGGGUUUGGCUAAGAUAGGUUUGUUAAAAUUACAGUUGACACCCUUAGUAGACGCUACCACUAGUACGUACAAAGCUUAUUACUGUUUUUAAGUUGCCCCGACCCGAUUCUUUUCUGUGAACUCCCUUUCCGUUUUGGUUUACUGUGAUGAACCAGAAAGGGAAAAACAAAAAGGAUGUAAGAAAUGUUGGUACUUGGGAUAAACCUUGUAAAUUAUGGUUGGAGAAAGAGAAAUGUAUAAACAGGUUUGUUAUUCAAAAUGUUUUGGCUUCUGCUUU